GAUGAUGACGAUGAUGACACCUCACUCAACAAAAAGAUUUAACUGUGUUUAAACCAAAAAAAAAAAAAACAGACAGGAUCCACAACAAUCCACAUCCAUUCCCUUCUGCACAAACUAAGAGAAAAUCGAAAUCUCUCUCUCUCUUUCUCUUCAAAACUUCACGUUCUUCCAAAAAUCUAUACCAAAAAUCGCUCUUUCCUUUUGAAGAUUUUUGGGCAAAGCACCCAAAAAAAAAAAAAAAAAAAACCCUAGUGCAGAGAAAAAUUUGGAAUGGAUGAGAAGAAUCAGAAGCAGAAGCAGCAGAAGCAGCAGCAGCAGUGUUGUUCAUCGGAGGAUCGGAGCGACAGCAGCGAGUACACGUCGGAGGACGAAGGAACGGAGGAUUACAGACGAGGAGGCUACCACGCUGUUCGAAUCGGCGAUACUUUUAAGAAUGGCCGCUACGUUGUGCAAUCGAAGCUCGGUUGGGGCCACUUCUCCACCGUCUGGCUCGCCUGGGACACCCAAUUCUCUAGAUAUGUGGCACUGAAAGUGCAAAAGAGUGCUCAACAUUACACGGAGGCGGCGAUGGAUGAGAUAACCAUCUUGCAGCAGAUUGCUGAUGGUGACCCAGAUGAUAAAAAAUGUGUGGUGAAGCUGUUGGAUCAUUUUAAGCAUUCGGGUCCCAAUGGGCAGCAUGUUUGUAUGGUUUUUGAGUACUUGGGGGAUAAUCUUUUGACCCUUAUCAAAUAUAGCGAUUACCGGGGUUUGCCACUUCAUAGGGUGAAGGAGAUCUGUUAUCAUGUUUUGGUGGGAUUGGAUUACUUGCAUAGACAGCUCUCAAUUAUACACACCGAUUUGAAACCAGAAAAUAUACUGCUCAUGUCAACGAUAGACCCUUCGAAGGAUCCUAGAAAGUCUGGAGUUCCUCUCGUUCUUCCGAAUAGUAAGGAUAAGGCUGGAUUGGAGUCUGGGGUUGCGAAGGAAAUUAGGAAAUUAAAUGGGGAUUUGACUAGGAACCAGAAGAAAAAGAUUCGUAGAAAGGCUAAGCGAGCGGCUCAGGGAUGUGUGGAGAAUGAGGUUGCUUUGGAAGAUGAAGCAGAUGCAGAAUCAUCUGGUGCUGUAGAGUCUUCGCCUAAUACAAAUUUGAAUGUGGGUUCUGUAGAAGACCAUCCCACUAGUUCUGUCAAUACAAAUAGAUUAUCUGAUGCUGAUGGAACAAAGGGUGCCAAACUAGAACAUCAGUGUAGUAAGAGAGGAAGCCGCUCCACUAGGCAGAAAUUGUUGGCAUCAGCGGACCUCAAGUGCAAGUUGGUUGACUUUGGGAAUGCAUGUUGGACAUACAAACAGUUCACAAAUGACAUCCAGACAAGACAAUAUAGGUGUCCAGAGGUGAUCCUUGGAUCUAAGUAUUCUACUUCAGCUGAUCUUUGGUCCUUUGCUUGCAUUUGUUUCGAGCUUGCAACGGGUGAUGUACUCUUUGAUCCUCAUAGCGGUGACAACUUUGAUAGGGAUGAGGACCACUUAGCAUUAAUGAUGGAGCUUCUUGGAAUGAUGCCGCGCAAGAUUGCUUUAGGUGGCCGCUAUUCCCGGGAUUUCUUCAAUAGAUAUGGCGAUCUAAGGCAUAUUCGUCGGUUGCGUUUUUGGCCGUUGAACAAGGUGCUUGUAGAGAAGUACGAUUUCAGUGAGCAAGAUGCAGCUGACAUGACUAACUUCCUGGUCUCAAUCCUUGAUUUUGUUCCUGAGAUGCGGCCCACUGCAGGUCAGUGCCUUCUUCAUCCAUGGAUCAAUGCAGGACCUCAUCUUUUAGAGCCAUCUAUGCCUUCUAAUCAAAACCAAGCAGCAGAAAGUGUGGUUUCUGAUAAAAAUAAGAAGGAGAAGGAUGAGAGGGAAGCAAUGGAGGUUGGAAUGGGAAACAUUGUCCUCAAUUCAGAUUCUAAUUCUAAACCAAUCAAAGAUUCCCCAUCCAGCAGUAACCCUUCCAAGGGAGCCGCUAGUAGUUCAUCUAGAUAGGACUGUGGCACAUUUUUCUUACUGAACCUACAUCAUCAUCAUCUUCCGAACAGUAUUAUUUGAUAGCUGCUGCAUUCUUGUGAGGCAUGAUUGAUUCCCUUGUUUUGGUUUGCACAUUUGUAUUGUGAAGGAGCAUGGGGUGGAUGGCAUUAGCAUUUGGUUCUUACAACGGCAGAGAAGCUUGAGCGAAGCAAUAGCUUAAAACAAAAUUGAUGCUCUGAUUCUGAGAAAAUUCUCUUUGAAGCAUAUUUAUUGGACAGUGAGCGUACACCUUUGCAUACAAUGAGACACGUGGCCAUUGUUACGACUGAGUUGUUCGUGAACAUUUUUCAUUUGAAUCAUUUCAAUUUGAUUCAUGUACUGGAUUGAAUUUCUUGAUGUUGAAACUAUCGAUAUAUAUUAUUCAAAUCCUGUAGAUUUUCCCGAGCAUAAACGGUUGUUGGCUUCUCA